CAGCGGAUAUCCUGCGCGCACAGUUCAGUCUCCGAGUAUACCAAACGAAUGUUUGCGUUCAGAUAUUUAUAUCCCUUAUAAUAUCGUUUUGUUGUAUCUGUGCAGACAUAUGCUGAAAUAUUGUUAAUGUGAGAGGCCUCACGUCUACAGAGGGAGACUACCCGAAAGGUCUGCUUGUUAACGUUAGUUUACCAAAGAGAGUCGACUGAAACUGACUUGAUAGCACGGUGAUAAUGGUGGGUUGGUGUGCUGUUCCGGGUUGUAACACACAGGAAGAUGAAGAUAUUCUUUAUCAUUGCUUGCCGGCGAAUGAUGUGCAAAGAUGCAGACGAUGGUUAGCUGCCAUACAAAAGGAUGUAAAUUUACCAAUGGAAAGGCAUAAAUAUUUCUUAGUGUGUGAACACCACUUCAGACCAGAGGAAUAUGAAAAGGAUUUGAUGGCAGAGACGAUGGGCGCCAAACAUAAGAAAAAGCUCAAAUCCACCGCGAUUCCCACCAUAUUUCCAUGGAAUGAAUACAUUUUGAAGAGAAUUCAGCCACACAGAAAACAUUUGAAUGCGGCCGGAAGUGAAAUGUUUCUGAGUGCAGUUGGCAGACUUGGUGCCAAACCAAAAUGUGAGCCUGGUACAACAACAACAGGAGCAGCAUCCCAGAUGUCAACAUCGGUGGUCCAACAACCUGCUGUAGUUCCUGUUGCUUUUUCAACACAGACUGUGAAGAGUGCAGUUGGCAGACUUGGUGCCAAACCAAAAUGUGAGCCUGGUACAACAACAACAACAACAACAGGAGCAGCAUCCCGGAUGUCAACAUCGGUGGUCCAACAACCUGCUGUAGUUCCUGUUGCUUUUUCAACACAGACUGUGAAGAGUGCAGUUGGCAGACUUGGUGCCAAACCAAAAUGUGAGCCUGGUACAACAACAACAGGAGCAGCAUCCCGGAUGUCAACAUCAGUGGUCCAACAACCUGCUGUAGUUCCUGUUGCUUUUUCAACACAGACUGUGAAGAUGCCACCUUUGCCACUGGAGGAUGGAGAUCCCGGUUGGUCUGGAGAGAGUGUAGCAGAGACUACUGUUGUGUUGCCGGGCAGUGACGAUGAAGAUGCCGCUGCGCUGACGGACGAGGAGUUCUGGCAGUUCUCCAGGGAGCAGGAUGAGGAUGAGGAUGAUGAAAAGGAGAACAAGACUGCGUACAGGAAGUUAGUCCAGCGGAAACGGCUCUCUGCGAAGAAGUUCUUCAAAGUGCAAAGGAAAAAUAAAGCUGUGCAAACACGUCCUCAUGGAACCCGCGUCGAUGUUUCUCCUGAGAGUGGUGACCUGUGUGUGAACAGAGACUGUCUCCUGCAGCUCUUCCGGUUGUGUAGGAGGUGUGGAUUUGAGUGCAAGGUCAGCUUGCAGGGUCAACAGAGGAGCUUCUCUGUCAUUCAGAUGUGCCCAAUAUGCAGUCACACCAGGAAAUGGAUGAGCCAGCCUUUUGUUGCUGAGGAAACCUCUGGAGAAAGAGAGACAGAGCUACUGGAUGGAGAGGAACCAUGUAAGGACAGAGACCAGGAUGACAGUUGUUCGUUGACGAUGGAAAUCACUGAGGAGAUGUGUGACUAUGAUGAAGAAGUCUGUCCUCGGAGGAAAAGGGGAAAGCAGAGAUCAGAUGAGACCGAGUGGGAGCCGUCUGACGAGGAAGACAUUGUAAUGGACUCUGAUUCUUCUGAGGAUUUGGAAACGGCAGGUUCCUCUGGUCUAACAGAAAAGGCCAACGUUGAUAAUUCUCAGAGCGGAAUAGAGAAAGAGAGACUUGUGGAGUGGUGCACUGACUGUGGAGCCGAGCCUGUACUCGCCUGCACCACACAGCGCCAUAAGAAGCUGUACGCCUGUGGUGUGUGUGUGAGUGAGGUCCAGCAAGCUGUUGGAUUUGACCGAUUCUACAUGCAGUUCGAGGACCCGGCCAGCUUCAAGGAACAUGUACGACGUGAACACAACACAAAACCUCAUAGGUUGCUCUGUACAGACUGCGCCAAGCGUCACAUCAAGAAGGAUCAUUUGUGUGUGUACAAGAUUAAGAAGCUCCGCUGUCUAGACUGUGGUAAACAUCUCCAUCAGAAAGGCUGUGUUUACCCAUGUAAGUUCUGUCUCAAGCCAUUCAGGACCAAAGAGGACAAGUUUACCCACGAAGAGAACCAUCGGCAUCCUUAUCAGUGCUCAGAAUGCUCAGAAAGAUUCAAGAACAUUAGACUACGGGACAGACACCUUCAGAGCCACAGUGGCCAGAAGCCCCACAAGUGCCAUCAGUGUGAGAAGUGUUUCAAUUACAGCGUCAGUCUGAAGAACCACAUCCAACUCUAUCAUGGCCCCGGCUCUCAGGAGCAGGAGAGUCGGGAGACAAACUGUGGGACGGCGCAGGAGAGAGAGCGCAAGCGUCACUUUAAGGAGGAUAAUUUGUGUGCGUACAAGAUCAAGAAGUUCUGCUGUCUAGACUGUGGUAAACGCUGUCUGAGUGAGCAGGGUCUGAAGUGUCACAGACAUCUCCAUCAGAAAGGCUGUGUUUACCCAUGUAAGUUCUGCCUCGUGCCAUUCAGGACCAAAGAGGACAAGUUUACCCACGAGGAGAACCAUCGGCAUCCUUAUCAGUGCUCAGAAUGCUCAGAAAGAUUCAAGAACAUUAGACUACGGGACAGACACCUUCAGAGCCACAGUGGCCAGAAGCCCCACAAGUGCCAGCUGUGCCGACGCUGGCAUGCCCAGCCGAGCCACCUCAAGUCCCACAUGCGCCUCCACACAGGGGAGAGGCCCUUCCAAGUGCCAUCAGUGUGAGAAGAUUCAAGAACAUUAAUCUACGGGACAGACACCUUCAGAGCCACAGAGGUCCAAAGAGAUAUAUUUGUGACAUCUGCGACAAACGUUUCUCCCAGUUUAAACACCUACAGAAACAUACAGUCGUCCACAGUAGGCAGAGACCCCACACGUGCCAGCUGUGCCAACGCUCGUUCACUGAAAAUAAACACCUCAGGGCCCACAUGCGCUCCAAAUGCCAGCAGUGUGAGAAGUGUUUCAAUCGCAUAGUCCAUCUGAAGAUCCACAUCCAACGACAUCAUGGCACCGGCUCUCUAGUACUGAGCAGGAGAGAGAGUAGGAGGGGGAGAGUCAGGAACCAAACUCUAGUACUGAGCAGGAGAGAGAGUAGGAGGGGGAGAGUCAGGAACCAAACUCUAGUACUGAGCAGGAGAGAGAGUAGGAGGGGGAGAGUCAGGAACCAAACUCUAGUACUGAGCAGGAGAGAGAGUAGGAGGGGGAGAGUCAGGAACCAAACUCUAGUACUGAGCAGGAGAGAGAGUAGGAGGGGGAGAGUCAGGAACCAAACUCUAGUACUGAGCAGGAGAGAGAGUAGGAGGGGGAGAGUCAGGAACCAAACUCUAGUACUGAGCAGGAGAGAGAGUAGGAGGGGGAGAGUCAGGAACCAAACUCUAGUACUGAGCAGGAGAGAGAUAGUAGGAGGGGGAGAGUCAGGAACCAAACUCUAGUACUGAGCAGGAGAGAGAGUAGGAGGGGGAGAGUCAGGAACCAAACUCUAGUACUGAGCAGGAGAGAGAGUAUGAGGGGGGAGAGUCAGGAACCAAACUCUAGUACUGAGCAGGAGAGAGAGUAGGAGGGGGAGAGUCAGGAACCAAACUCUAGUACUGAGCAGGAGAGAGAGUAGGAGGGGGAGAGUCAGGAGAGAUUGGAACUGUAUAGCAUCAUUAUAAUGAUGUAAAAAGUCUGUCGUUCUGGCCCUGAACAAGGCAGUUAACCCACUGUUCCAAGGCCGCCAUUGAAAAUAAGAAUUUGUUCUUAACGGACUUGCCUAGUUAAAUAAAGGUAAAAUAAAAAUAUAUAUAAUGGGGAAAUAAACGAUGAUGAUCAACUCAAAGUUUGCUGGAGUUUGUUAAACACUGCUCAAAAAAAAUAAAGGGAACACUAAAAUAACACAUCCUAGAUCUGAAUGAAUGAAAUAUUCUUAUUAAAUACUUUUUUCUUUACAUAGUUGAAUGUACUGACAACAAAAUCACACAAAAAUUAUCAAUGGAAAUCAAAUUUAUCAAUCCAUGGAGGUCUAGAUUUGGAGUCACACUCAAAAUUAAAGUGGAAAACCACACUACAGGCUGAUCCAACUUUAAUGUAAUGUCCUUAAAACAAGUCAAAAUGAGGCUCAGUAGUGUGUGUGGCCUCCACGUGCCUGUAUGACCUCCCUACAACGCCUGGGCAUGCUCCUGAUGAGGUGGUGGAUGGUCUCCUGAGGGAUCUCCUCCCAGACCUGGACUAAAGCAUCCGCCAACUCCUGGACAGUCUGUGGUGCAACGUUGGUGGAUGGAGUGAGACAUGAUGUCCCAGUCAGGCUACCUCUGACCGGUUUGGCAGUCAGGCUACCUCUGGCGAGCACAUGGAGGGCUGUGCGGCCCCCCAAAGAAAUGCCACCCCACACCAUGACUGACCCACUACCAAACCGGUCAUGCUGGAGGAUGUUGCAAGCAGCAGAACGUUCUCCAUGGCGUCUCCAGACUGUCACAUCUGUCACUUGUGCUCAGUGUGAACCUGCUUUCAUCUGUGAAGAGCACAGGGCGCCAGUGGCGAAUUUGCCAAUCUUGGUGUUCUCUGGCAAAUGCCAAACGUUCUGCACGGUGUUGGGCUGUAAGCACAACCCCCACCUGUGGAUGUCGGGCCCUCAUACCACCCUCAUGGAGUCUGUUUCUGACCGUUUGAGCAGACACAUGCACAUUUGUGGCCUGCUAGAGGUCAUUUUGCAGGGCUCUGGCAGUGUUCCUCCUUGCACAAAGGCGGAGGUAGCAGUCCUGCUGCUGGGUUGUUGCCCUCCUACGGCCUGCUCCACGUCUCCUGAUGUACUGGCCUGUCUCCUGGUAGCGCCUCCAUGCUCUGGACACUACGCUGACAGACACAGCAAACCUUCUUGCCACAGCUCGCAUUGAUGUGCCAUCCUGGAUGAGCUGCACUACCUGAGCCACAUGUGUGGGUUGUAGACUCCGUCUCAUGCUACCACUAGAGUGAAAGCACCGCCAGCAUUCAAGUGACCAAAACAUCAGCCAGGAAGCAUAGGAACUGAGAAGUGGUCUGUGGUCACCACCUGCAGAACCACUCCUUUAUUGGGGGUGUCUUGCUAAUUGCCUAUAAUUUCCACCUGUUGUCUAUUCCAUUUGCACAACAGCAUGUGAAAUGUAUUUUCAAUCAGUGUUGCUUCCUAAGUGGACAGUUUUUGAUUUCACAGAAGUGUGAUUGACUUGGAGUUACAUUGUGUUGUUUAAGUGUUCCCUUUAUUUGUUUGAGCAGUGUAUUUUCUAUCUUCUCUGCUACAGUGCUGUGAAAUCAGCGAGAUUUACCGGGGAUCCAAAUCUCACAAAAAACAACAAAAAACGUAAAAAUAAAAAGACCUCAAUAAUCACAAAUCGUAGUUUUAUUAUUUCAAGAUGUGUUCUGUUUCUCUGACCCUCCCCCUUUUCAUGCUCUUUUAGGAGGUAUUGAGGCUUAUUGUUGAGUAGUGGUUAUUUGUAAGUAGGUACUCUGUCAAGGUGUGUAAAUUAAAUAAAAAUGCAAUCCAUUUAAAAACAAAUCGUUAUGAACAUUGUGUUACUAAGGGGACAUCGAAACAACAACGCUAACUAUUAAUGAGUUGAAAAUGUAUAUUUUAAAGUUCAAUAUUAUACAUAAAAUAAUAUCUGGAA